GACGCAUCGUGGUCGUGCUCAGGCGAGGUUUUUCUCCGUGUGAAAAUGCGUUUUUACCGAAACGCUCCUUAGUUUUCGAAUUAAUGACAUAGAGAUUUAAUCGCGUUUUAUUUUGUCUGCAUAUCGCUCGGACAUUUCCUGUGCUCUGUGCAUUUGGACCAGCGUGUUCUAUCGAAGUUUCGUGUUUUUAUCGGACUAUUUCCGUUUUCAAUCAUUUUACGUUUGUGAUUAGGGUUCUACCGUGUGUGCUUCAGAUACUGUUGUGUUUCGGGUCUUAGAUCGAUCGCGUGUGAAGUGAUACUCUGUGCUUCAGCCUCUUCUGGCGACAUUUCCCGUGGAAAUACAUCGAAACUUUUCCUAUUCCGUGUCCGUCAGGCGCCAGGAGUCGUUGUUUUCGCCCUCGUCACCCAUAUUUCUACCCCAUGACGACAAACAUGUUGUGAAUAAUCCAGGGUGCUUCAAAAGCUUAUGAUGCAGAAAAGAGACGUAGUCUUGACUGCAGUGUUCUCCAGCCUGGUCGCUCUCCUGAUCAUAGUAGGCCUGGCAGCAGCUUGUUACUUUUAUCACAAACGCCGCCGCAAGCAGGAAGACGAUUUCGACGACGACUCUCCUGAAGGCGGGCAAUGUUCGAGGGUGGAAACGUCGACUGUCGCUAAAAAAUCCAAGCUAAACGGAUUUUUGUCGCUGAAGACGCCGUUGAUAAGCACCAAGACGUUAGGAGCGCAAUUAGAUUCACUUUCCAGAACCACCGGAAAUGCACCCCAAGCCAAGUCGCCUGCAGGAAGCAGCACAGGAGCCUUGCCCCCAGAGGCAAGGACUCCCACAGCGUCGAACAAAGCUUUGCAGAACGUCAAGGGGGACCACCCAUCGGUAAGCCAGGAUAUGGCUUUCCUGCAGAACAGGUCGAUAUCUCUCGUGGAUAUGUACAUCGACAACUCAGAACCCUCUGAAAACGUAGGCCAAAUUCAUUUCUCCCUCGAAUACGACUUCCAGAAUACCACCCUCAUUCUCAAAAUCAUUCAGGGAAAAGACCUCCCAGCCAAAGAUCUAUCCGGUACCAGCGACCCCUACGUGCGUGUCACUCUACUGCCGGACAAGAAACAUCGUCUGGAGACCAAAAUAAAGAGGAGGACGCUGAAUCCCAGAUGGAAUGAAACUUUCUACUUUGAAGGGUUCCCUAUACAGAAACUCCAAUCCAGAGUCCUACAUCUGCACGUAUUCGACUACGACAGAUUUUCCAGAGACGAUUCGAUUGGUGAGGUCUUCUUGCCUCUCUGCCAGGUGGAUUUGAGCGAGAAGCCCUCCUUCUGGAAAGCCCUGAAGCCACCAGCGAAAGACAAAUGUGGAGAGCUCCUAACCUCACUUUGCUAUCAUCCCAGCAACAGUAUCUUAACUUUGACGUUGCUGAAAGCAAGGAAUCUGAAGGCUAAGGACAUCAAUGGCAAAAGUGACCCCUACGUCAAGGUGUGGUUGCAGUUCGGCGACAAACGCAUAGAAAAGCGUAAAACGGCUGUGUUCAAAUGCACAUUGAACCCAGUGUUCAACGACACCUUCUCAUUCAACGUACCAUGGGAGAAAAUAAGGGAGUGUUCACUUGAUGUGAUGGUGAUGGAUUUUGAUAAUAUUGGCAGAAAUGAACUCAUUGGAAGAAUACUUUUGGCAGGAAAAAAUGGUUCCGGUGCAACAGAAACGAAGCAUUGGCAGGACAUGAUUACGAAACCAAGGCAAACCAUAGUACAAUGGCACAGACUAAAACCAGAGUAAAAAAUUCUUCUUCUUUCAUCUGAAUUAUACUGGGUGUAGCUCCAAACGCACAUGGUGAUUUCACAUGGGACAUUGCUGCAUCUUAUUAUAAAAUGGACUAUAUACUGCGUGUUCCAGAAGUUUAGAUAAUGGUUCAGAUAAGUGGGCCGAUAAGUAUUCUUUGUGAUACCUUACAAAGUAGAGUCGACAAAUUGUAGUAUAUGUGAAAAUUCGUUAGAAGCAUAGAUCCCAAAACUCCUUCAAGGUGGUGCGCAAAUUUUCGAAUUAAUUUUAAUGCAUAUAAAGCGUUUAUAGUAGAGAGGUUAGGUACAUAUCAAUGUUACCAAAAUGAAAAAGAAAUAUGUAAAAGGUUCUCGUGAAAGGAGAUGAUGUUGAAUGUAUAGUACUUUUAGAUAUGGAAUUCUGGUUGAAUAUUUAACACGCAUGCGUAUAAACCACGUUGUUCUUUCUAAACUGGAAGAUCAACUGGGUUGGAAAAUUAUAACGCACAAUCAGAGUGUACUUGUUGUGUGAAUUCACUUUAGUUUGUAUUUAAUUUUGAUUUCUAUCUCAUUAUCUGAUUGAAUGAUUGAAUUAAUCUAAUCAGGAACAUAUGAAACCACGGGUAAAAUGUAUAUUGGAAAAAGAUUGAUAUAUAGCCACAUGUUCAUGCACAGAUCUUUAAAGUAGUGUUUAAUUUUAGGGAUGAUUCUUCGAUUGAACAGAUCUGGUUUUCGAAAGUGCAAAAUUGUAGUCUAUUUGGUAAUCGUGCAUGUAUCCGAAAAACUAGAAAUUGUUGUCAUGUGCUUCUCAAUACCAACUAUCCCAGAAUGCUUAAAAAAAUAAUCCUUACCUACAGUUGUAUCUUGGUGUUAUCUGUUGUAAAAAUAUUUCACUAAUUUCUUCCUAGUUAGUGCGUUUUUGGGAGGAAAAUAACAGAAGAUGCUCGAUCGGUCAUGCAAAGUCAAAGUCGGGAAUUUUCUGUAAUUUAAAACCCCUGUAUGCUUAGACUGGUAUCUUUGAAAGAAAUCACACUGUAGUGCCUGAAUGAGACGUAUCGAAAAUUAAGGGAUGACACUUGAGAAAUCGUGAAAAAUAACAUGAUUACUUAAACUAAGAACAAAUUAUUUUUGUGUGUUGCUUAACCCAUAUGGUUUUUGAUAAUGAUCGUCUUAGUUUGACGUUUUAGCUAAUAAAACUUACUCGUAAAAAAUAUAAUGUAUAAAUCGUGAUGUUUCUUCGAAGAUUUCUAGGCAUUUUUCAUGUUUACUACAUUCAAAAUUGGGGAAAUUCGAUAUCCUUGAAAUUUGUUGUGGUUUUUUGAAAAUAUAACGAAUGAUCAUUGAAUGCAUUCCUUAUUUUUCUUUGGUAGGUGCUUUAAACUUGUCCAUUGAAGUAUUGGGAAAAAACCUUAUCGCUAUCGUGCUGUGAGCCGAUAUUUGGGAAGUGAAAGUAGGCUGGUAGUUAGAAGAAUUGAAGAAUUGGGCAUGUUCAACGUUGUCCUGAAGAUUUCAUUUCUUGAUACAUCCAGAAAAUUUCGAUUCCUCCAAUUUUCAAUUGUAAUAUUCAUGAAUAUAAACCUAACGAAUGUCCCAGAGAUGACAUGCAUGGAUAUCGUCGAGAAAUCUUUAAAAGAGAACAAUGUUAUCUCGCAGAGGCAUCACAAAAAUAAGCCAAAGUUAAGAUUGCGAUAUAAAAUGAAAUUUAUAUUUAUAUUUGAGUCAUUAUUGAUAAAUUUCGUUUAGUCUAUUCAGACAUUUUAUAAGAAAUGUUGCUGAUGUACUAUAACAUAAGGAUUAUGAUAAUAAGAACAAAAAAUAUAACAAAAAAGAUGUAUGUUUAUUGUAACAGUUAAGGGAGAUGUAAAUGUUGUUAAACAACAUGAAAUGUUCAUUGAAUGUAUGUAAAUAAAUGUUAGUUCAUAGUGGGAUUUGAUGAUUUAUCAAUAUGUAGAUCCAAUUAGUGAUUUGAAUAAACGUAUUUGAUUUUAA